AUGACCGCGGAGGAAGCCGCGGCGGACCCCACCGUGGAGAUUCUCUCGAUCGACCCCGAGGACGCGGCGUUCAUCCUCGGCAAGGGCGGCAACACGAAGAAGAAGGUGGCGCGCGCGGCGGGCGUCAAGCUCGAGCUGGACUCGUCGGCGAUGGACGCGGCGGCGGCGAAUAACGCGAACGGCGGCGACGCCGGCGCAAACUCCGCGCCCUCGCCCUCGCACGCGCUGUACAUCAAAGAUAAGAGCGAGGCGAAGCGCCGACGCGCGAGAGAGUACGUCGGGUUCGUGCUGCAGCAGCGCCGCGGGAAGAUCGAGGUGGACUUCCCGAGCGACGGAAAGCCGCGCGACGACCUCUCCAUCGUCGAGGUGCCAGACGACGGAUGCAAGGCUUACAUCACGGGGAAAAACGGAUCCGUGUUGAGGAUGAUGGAAGAGGAGUGGGGCACGCUGAUGUUCUUCGGGCGCGCGCGAGACGCGAAGGGGGAGCUCGGGGAGGACGCGCUGAUGGUGUUGGGGACGAGGAGGGCGCGCAGGGGCGCGGAGUUGAAGGUGAUGAGCGCCGUCGAGCACAAGGUGCCGGGGACCUUCGUCGACGCGGCGACGAAGACGCUGCGGGAGAAGCUGUCGCAGCCCGGGGACGACGAGAACGAUGGGUUUCGGUACGACGUGUUUCCGUUCGAGAGGGACGAGAUCUCGUACGCGCUCGGCGCUCAGGGAUCCACGCGCAAGAAACUCGCCGCCGCCUCCGGGGCGAUGCUCGAGUACAUCGGCCCCCUCGCGGUCAUGGCGGGAACCUCCGGCGAGCGAAAACGCUGCUGGGACUACCUCAACUGGCUCUUAAAACAGAAGAACGACCCCCGCCUGCAAAUCGACCCGGACGGCCGCGACGACGUCUCCAUCAUGCCCAUCCCAUCCGGCAAGGCGCCCAGGCUGCAGGGCUCCAAGGGCGAGAACAUCCGAUCGAUCGAGCGCGAGACGUCGACGUUCAUCGUCGUCAACGACGUCCCGGGCGGCGCGAGAGGCGACGAGCGACUGCUCGUCUUCGGCGGGGAAGAGGUGCGUUCUAUACACUGGUCCCCAUACGACCGCGAUCGCGUGGUGAACGCCGAUCCUUAA